CCUAUUAUCACUGAUAUGUAACUGUGCUGCUGUGUUGCUGACUGAGUCUGACUUUCAACUGCGGAAGCAGGAAAACCUUCCCGAAUGUAACAACAGUUUGAAACGGCUUCAUGGUUCCAAAAAUCCAAUCACACUCUUUGUAAAACACCAAACUUUAAUCAUGAUGUUCAAUUCGAUCGUUAGGUCUCGUCCUCUCGGUACUUUCUUGGCCCAAUGGCGUCGUCAGGCUGUUGAUAGUAUUUGUAAGAGGAGAAUGUGUGACAAACCCCCGGUGGCAGCCACAGAGACGAAGCCUGCCGCCCCAACACCGAGCACACCACAUCUAGGUUUCAAACUGCCUGGAUACCGGCCGUCAGACUUUGACAAGAAGAUGCUCAUAUGGUCCGGCCGCUUCAAGACUAAGGAGCAGAUUCCUGAGAUUGUAUCGUAUGAGAUGCUUGACGGUGCCAGGAACAAAUUACGUGUCAAGGUCGCAUACCUGAUGAUGGCUGUAACCAUUGCAGCUUGUGUGGGAAUGGUGAUCCUGGGAAAACAGGGUGUGAAAAACCACGACUCGCUCAUUGCCAGGAACAUGGAGAAGAAGGCUCGCUGGAGGGCCGAAGCUCAGCAGGAGAGAGAGGCAGCGGCGGCGAGUGCUGCGACUCUAGCUACUGAGAAAGCCCAGUGAGGGACUCUGAGGAGGAGCAACACCCCCCCCAGAUCACAUCCAAAGUGCUCCUGGAUGCCUCACCUGUUAAGGACCCUUUUUGCUGCCCCCUGUCUGUAACUAGUAGGUAGUGCAGCCCUGCAUCAGGAGAACCAAAGUAGACACAAAGAUUUGUUCACGGCUUAAAUCACUGGAUGGGAUCUCUAGAGGUGCCAAGACGUAUGUAUGACCCUCUGUUAGAACAAGACUUGUGCUGAGAAGCGAAGUGCUGAGCGUUAUAUUGAAAGUUGAUAUUCAGCUGUCAGAGAUGUAGUAAUUCAGUUUACUCGAUCAGCUAUUCCUCUGCCACAGUUAACUUUUUAAUCUUAUCACGCUGCUGUUUUAAAGUAUUAAAGAAAAAAAAUAACCUACUCAAACUUGACUGGUGUCUGCUCUGUAGGACCCAGUGGUACGCUCACAUCAGGGAAGGAGAAAAUACUGAACACCAGUGGCUCUAAGGCUGAUGGGGACACUGACUUGCAUUUCCGAGACUAUAGCUGGGAAAUAUGAUGUGCAAAAACUGACGCUCAAAUGACAUCGAUGCAAAGCGUAUCUGCCAGAGGCCUGGACUAGGAAGCAAGGUAACUGGUUUACCUCUAGAAAAACACUGCACUGAACAUAUAUUGUUUAUUAAGUGACAUGUUGUUUGGAGAUCCGCAUUUACUCUUGAAGUUACCUUGGCAAUCCAGUAACCUUGCUUCCUAGUAUAGCCUACAGAUCUUCAGUGGAGGUUUUUCUGACCAUAUUGAGGAAAGACCAACCAGAACAAAGCCACUGGCAUUAUUUUAGGAACUUUUACAAUUUUUAGGCAUAAAAUACAUAAUUAAUAUGUUUAAAUUUCUUCAUAAUUAAUCUCAGAAUGUAACCAUGAAUCCUGAGAUAUAGAACACAGUUGUAGGAAAUGAGAAAUGUAUCCUGUGAUAAUGUAUUCAGUGAUAAAUAGGCCCUGGUAUUAAACUUGAUAUGUGAAGGAUCAAGAACAAAAGUGCAAUAAAAAGUCCUAAUUUAUGGUC